UGCUCACACUCGCCGUGCAGAAGCCGAGCUGCGAACAUCAUCCGCUUUGAGCGCUUAGGCGCAGUGAUUACAUCCUCUCAGAGCGCGCGCGCGAGAGAGAGAGAGCGAGAGAAAGAGAGAGAAAGUCCUGUUAUUCGCCAGUGUUCGUUGAGAAGUUAUUAUUGUUAUAGAUCCCGUCGGUGCGUAAAUAGGACUUUUUGCUGUUUUAUAGUUUUUCUUUCCCUGUUCGCGUGGAAUGUCAUAUGUUGUUCCGUACUUUGUGUAAAGAACGCGCUGUCUGUUUUGCGCACGGGGAGUGUUGGCUUUGCUUCCUGGCUCCAGCCUGCAAUGUUUUGCGCUGACGCCAAAACUCACAGACCGGUGCAGAAUUGAUUAAAACAGAGAAGCUCGGAUCAAAUGGCUGUGCUUCUUACAGCUGAAACGACACAAUGUUCAACUGACCCGAGGCAGAGGAGAGGAAUUUCACAAACGCAGAGCUUUACUGCUGUUUAUUUUAUUUCUCUUUUACGGACAGAGAAAAUGGGAAAUGCUAAUUUCUCGUAAGAAAAAGGAAUAACAUCUUUUUUUUAAAUCGUCUUGAAGUGCACUUUGUGAGAGGGAUCGGAGAUGUUUUGGUUAAUAUUCCUGCUCUUCAUCCUGGAUGGAGCGGUGUCUCAGCUACACUACUCCCUGCCGGAGGAGCAGGAACCUGGCUCUGUGGUUGGGAAUAUUGCGGAAGAUUUGGGGCUGGACAUUACCAAACUUUCUGCUCGCCGCUUCCAGACGGUGCCGAGUUCACGGACACCGUAUCUGGAGGUGAACUUAGAGAACGGUGCGCUUUUGGUGAAGGAGAAAAUCGACCGAGAAGAAAUCUGCAAGCAGACCACCCCGUGCCUACUGCACCUGGAGGUGUUUUUGGAGAACCCACUGGAGCUCUUUCGCGUGGAGAUCGAGGUGAUGGAUAUCAACGACAACCCACCCAGCUUUCCCGAGACGGACAUUUCCGUGGAGAUAUCGGAGAGCGCCAUUCCCGGGACCCGUUUCCCGGUGGAGAAUGCCUUUGACCCCGACGUGGGCACCAACGCGCUCAGCACCUAUGCCAUAACGAAUAACAACUAUUUUUACCUUGACGUGCAGACGCAGAGUGACGGGAACAAGUUCGCGGAGCUGGUGCUAGAGAAGCCGCUGGACAGGGAACAGCAGGCGGUGCACCGCUACGUGCUGACGGCUGUGGAUGGCGGCAUCCCGCAGCGGACUGGGACGGCUCUCCUGGUCGUUAAGGUUCUAGACUCUAACGACAACGCGCCCACCUUUGACCAGUCCGUGUACUCUGUCAACCUGCGGGAAAACUCUCCGUUGAGCACUCUGAUCAUUCAACUCAACGCCACGGAUGUCGACGAGGGACAAAACGGGGAAAUCGUUUAUUCUUUCAGCAGUCAUAACGCCCCGCGGAUAAAGGACUUGUUCAACAUUGACGCCAGAUCCGGCCGGAUAGAGGUGGCCGGUGAAGUGGACUUUGAGGAGAGCAACACGCAUCAGAUUUAUAUCCAGGCUAAGGAUUUGGGGGCCAACGCGGUCCCCGCUCACUGCAAAGUGCUGGUCAAACUCGUGGACGUGAACGACAACACGCCCGAGAUCGGUUUCAGCACCGUGACGGAGUCUGUGAGCGAGCAGGACGCCCCGGGCACCGUGAUUGCACUCUUUAGCGUUUCGGACCGGGACUCUGGUGAGAAUGGACACAUGAGCUGCGAGAUUCUGGGAGAUGUCCCCUUCAAGCUGAAAUCGUCUUUUAAAAACUACUACACCAUCGUGACAGACGGACCGCUGGACAGGGAGAACACCGACUCCUACACAAUCACCGUGGUGGCAAAAGAUAAGGGUCAGCCCUCGCUCGCCACCAGCAAGUCCAUUAAAGUGCACGUCUCCGACGAGAACGACAACGCGCCCCGUUUUACGCAGGUUGUUUAUGAUGUGUAUGUGACUGAGAAUAACGUGCCGGGUGCUUUCAUUCACGCCGUGAGUGCCCUCGACCCCGACGUAGGGCAAAACGCUCUUAUUACUUACUCCAUAUUGGAGUGUGACAUACAGGGCAUGUCUGUGGACACAUAUGUAUCCAUUAACCAGGACACCGGCUACCUUUACGCGCUGCGCUCUUUUGAUUACGAGCUGCUGAAGGAGUUUAGCUUCAUGGUCCAGGCAAAGGACUCCGGUGCCAUUGAGCUCCUCUCCAAUACCACUGUAAAUGUGAUCAUAGUCGACCAAAACGAUAACGCCCCCACUGUCAUAGCACCCAUCGGUAAAAACGGCACAGCCAAAGAACACCUGCCGCGCUCUGCUGAGCCCGGCUACUUGGUGACGCGCAUUGUGGCCAUGGACGCGGACGACGGCGAGAACGCACGGCUGUCCUACAGCAUCCUGCGGGGUAACGAGAUGGGGAUGUUCCGCAUGGACUGGAGGACAGGAGAGCUGAGGACAGCCCGUAGGAUCUCACCCAAGCGGGACCCACAGGGCUUCUACGACCUGCUAAUCGAAGUGAGGGACCACGGCCAGCCCCCUCUGUCCUCCUCCGCGAGCGUGAGUGUAAUGCUGGUAGACAGCGUGGUCGAAGGCCGCAGUGGGGAUCGCGGCACGGCCUCAAAGGCAAAGGAGACCUCCCUGGACCUCACCCUAAUUCUCAUCAUCGCCUUGGGUUCCGUGUCUUUCGUCUUCCUCCUGGCUAUGAUCGUGUUGGCGGUGCGCUGCCAAAAGGACAAGAAGCUCAACCUGUACACGUGCCUGAUGGCCGGUGACUGUUGCCUGUGCUGCAGCUCGUGCUGCAGCAGGCAGGCCCGAGGCCGGAAACAGAAGAAGCUGAGUAAAUCUGACAUCAUGUUAGUUCAGAGUACCAACCUGACGUCAGGUGUCGGGCCCGUGGGGCAGGUGCCCGUGGAGGAGUCUGGUGUCGGUCUAGUGGGAGGGGGCUUUGGCUCCCACCACCACCAGAACCAGAACUCCUACUGCUACCAGGUUUGCCUGACGCCGGAGUCCGCCAAAACAGAUCUGAUGUUCCUCAAACCGUGCAGCCCCUCCCGCAGCACUGACACGGAUCACACCAACCCCUGCGGCGCCAUAGUCACGGGGUACAGUGACCAACAGCCCGACAUCAUAUCCAAUGGCAGUAUUCUCUCUAACGAGACAAAACACCAGCGAGCAGAACUCAGCUACCUUGUGGACAGACCCAGACGUGUCAACAGUUCGGCGUUCCAAGAGGCGGACAUCGUCAGCUCCAAAGACAGUGGUCACGGUGACAGCGAACAAGGCGACAGUGACCACGAUGCCACCAACCGGGGUCAUCUGGCCGGCGCCGACCUUUUCUCCAACUGCACGGAGGAAUGCAAGGCCUUGGGCCACUCCGAUCGCUGCUGGAUGCCGUCCUUUGUGCCAUCCGACGGGCGCCAGGGACCGGACUACCGCAGCAACCUGCACGUCCCCGGCAUGGACGCCACCCUGCCCGACACUGAGGUACCUUCCUCCGUCAACCUCUCCGACCAACCGACCAUGACCUCAACCGCCGCCCCGUCCAGCGAUAGAUCAUUCUCCACCUUUGGCAAGGAUGGUCAAAGGUCACAGUCACACAACAGCCUUCACCAUCACUUCCAUCAGCAACAGCAGCAGUAUCGCUCCAGCACGCUAGAGAGGAAAGAGCAUGAUAGGGGGACGCUACCGUACAAACCCACCUUUCUCUCCCGCAAAAGGAUUUGUUAGCUCGUUCCACGUGGACCUUUCGGAGACGGCGUGAAUUUUUUUGGGCCUAGACCGCCUACACCGAUGCUGGAGACAGAUACUUAAAACCACAAAAACACAAACCUGGACGACAGCAACCUUGGUUAAGCAUCAUUAUCUUGGGAGGCGAAUCGUAACGAAGCCUUGGCAGCGGUCGGCGGGGGAGGUGAAGAGAACUAUGUACUGAGUCGCUGUACGCCUCUAGAUAUCUGAGGAGCAAUCCAAGGCCUUAUUUCUCUCAGCAGGACUGAGAACGGGGCCGACACACUCGACAUGUGAAAAUCAUAAAGUCAUCAGCAGACAUGCGAAAGAAACUGAAACAAACGGCGGAAUACAAAACAAGACAAAGAGGGACCGAUUAACUCUCAUGGUUGGCUGUGUUCUUUGGGGGGACUGAGGAGUUAGCCUCUAGCGAUCUGUGUGUGCCUGUUUACAUGAAGAAGAAAAAAAUACUAAUGUUUCUGUACAAACUUCAACCAAUGUCACAUGGAACCCUUUAGCUAUUUCUAUGGUCACCACUAAGCCAACUGUACAGAGACUGUCUGGGGAUCGAAAUGGUGACUGAGAGCCAACGAGGAAGUGAAAGACUGUCGAUUAGACACACAGAGAAGAGAGCAGGUGUUGUACAGGUAUGAAAUGACAAAAAAAGGAAAGAAAUGGAAUGAGAAGAGAUGAUGUGCAGUAUUAUAAAUCCUGUAUCUACGGUUUUUUGACUUGACUGUCUUUAUAUAACUUCUCUUUUAUGUUUCUGUUGUUCUUUCUGUGUGGUUAAAGUGUGCAGACUCUAAAGUAUUCAAUACUACCGUUUCGGACAGUAAAAAAACUAUCCAGAGCCGGGUUUUAGUCCGCUUUCAAUUUUUAGCCACUUCAGGAAGGAGAUAUUAACGAUUGCACUGUGUGGAAAAGGGGAGAAAAAACAAACUUACUGUUUAGAUGAUCAAUACGGUAUCACAAAUGAUUUUUUUUUCAUUUUGAAAGUAGUGACAGAAAGUUCCCAAGUUCCUUCCUGAGCUGACUGUGGAGAAAGUGAAAUGACCCUUUACAAGAUACAGUUCCCGUGAUAACAUUGGCCUAUACAUAAACAAUCAGACACACUGGGUGGUUUUUAUCAUGUGUGCAAAGUGUUUACUGUGCUAUUUUAAAAAGCUUAUAAUGAACAUAAAUCUAUAUAUAACUAUAUAUAUAACUAUAUAUAUACACAAUAUACUUUUUUUCAAAAAACUCUGUAACCAUUGGUUAGUUUCUACACCUCAUAAUGUCAUUGAAUCGAAUAAUACCAAGUGCUACAAAAUCAAGACAUGUAUCAAUUGAAACGAGAAGGAGUUUUUCAUCCUGAACAAAAAAACACUUUCACUCCAA